AGGAGGGCAGGGCGGCAGCCUCGGGGAGGCCGGCCCGGCUCACCGGGCCUCUGCCCUCCGCCCGGGACGGCGGCGGACCGGGCGCCCGCGGGCCGGGGCUGCAUGGGGCUCCCGCGCGGCCCCCUCUUCUGGCUUCUGCUCCUGCUCGCGGCUGCCUGCUCGGGGGUCCUCUUCACUCUGUACUCCUCGGCAGUGGGGCCGUACCCGGGGCCCCGGUCCGGAGCCAGGAACGCCACAUCGUCUCGAGCAUUCUUUGGACGCAAGGCAUCAAAUGCUGGAACAAGAAAGAGCCCGCACUGCCGACACUCACUUUAUCUGGCCAUCCAGAAGCACCCCCACUUCCGUGCCCUGUUCGAGCUCUCCACUCCAGUGCUGCUCUCGGGGGGCCUCUUGACUCAGGAGCUCUGGGACAGACUGAGCCAGCACAAAGCCCCCUAUGGCUGGCAGGGGCUCUCCCGCCAAGCCAUCAACUCCACCCUGAGCCUCCUGAAUGGCUCAGAGAGCUCCAAGCUGUUCGCCGCCUCCGGGAAGCCGCUCUCCACGUGCAUCCGGUGUGCGGUGGUGGGGAACGGAGGCAUCCUGAAUGGCUCCCGCCAGGGGCUGAACAUCGAUGCCCAUGACUACGUGUUCAGACUCAACGGUGCUGUGAUCAAAGGCUUCGAGAAGGAUGUGGGCACCAAGACCUCCUUCUACGGCUUCACUGUGAACACAAUGAAGAACUCCCUCAUCUCCUACUGGAACUUGGGCUUCACCUCCGUGCCACAAGGCCAGGAACUGCGCUAUAUCUUCAUCCCCUCUGACAUCCGGGACUACGUGAUGCUGAGAUCGGCCAUUCUGGGUGUGCCUGUCCCCGAGGGCCCUGAUAAAGGGGACAGGCCUCAGACCUAUUUCGGACCAGAAGCCUCUGCCAGGAAAUUCAAGCUACUACAUCCAGACUUCAUCAGCUACCUGAGGGAGAGGUUUUUGAAAUCAAAGUUGAUUAACACAAAUUUUGGAAACCUAUAUAUGCCUAGUACUGGGGCCCUCAUGCUGCUGACGGCUUUGCACACCUGUGACCAGGUUAGUGCCUAUGGAUUUAUCACAAGCAACUACUGGAAAUUCUCUGACCACUAUUUCGAGCGAAUAAAGAAACCACUGAUAUUCUAUGUCAACCACGACCUCUCCCUGGAAGCCACCCUGUGGAAGAACCUGCACAAGGCCGGCAUCCUUCAAUUGUACCAGCGCUGA